AUGGUGCCCAGCCAGGCACAGCCCGAAGAGGAGACAUGGGCCCAUCCUCCCGCAGGCCCACCACCCGCAGGAGGCGCCAUAGGGGUCGGGUGCAUUGUGUGCCUGGCAGUGGCCAGGAGCGGAGGCCCUGACGGACUCAUCCCCAGCUGCCAAGACUGGGUCGGGGAACGGGUCCUGACUGUCAUCUGUGCUUAUGCGCCGAGUGGCAGUUCAGAGUACCCAGCCUUCGUAGAGUCCCUGCGGGGGGUGCUGGAAGGUGCUCCACCUGGAGACUCUGUUGUCCUGCUGGGAGACUUCAAUGCUCACGUGGGUAACGACAGCGAGACCUGGAGGGGGGCAGUACCCAUGGACUGGCAGACCGGGGUGGUGGUCCCCAUCUUUAAGAAGGGAGACCGGAGGGUGUGUUCCAACUACAGGAGGAUCACACUCCUCAGCCUCCCUCGGAAAGUCUAUGCCAGGGUGCUGGAAAGGAGAACCUGUGAUCCAGUUGUCCCAUCAGUCAACCCUUUCUUUGUACUGGUCUACAGUCUGGUGUUUCUGGUAGGUUUACUCCUCAAUGGCUUCAUCCUAAAAUUUUACAUUGGUCAAGCUCAGCAGCAGGCAUCAAACAGUUUGAUGGUCUACCUGAAGAACCUGACAGCUGCUGACUUUUUGCUCUGCCUUUCUCUGCCACUGCGCAUCGCCAACUAUGGUAGCAAGUCAUUCAUCAUUCAAAAGGUCUACUGCAGCUUUGGAGCUUCUGCCUUCUACAUGAACAUGUAUGCCAGCAUCAUAUUCAUGUGUUAUAUCGCUGCCAACAGGUAUCUGAAGAUCAUCCAUCCUUCAGGAACUCAUGUCCUGCAGUCACUGCGAACUGCGCACAUCAUCUCCAUGGUCACCUGGGUUUGUCUCCUGGCUCCAUCAAUUACAUACGCCAUCCUCUUUUUCAUCACCCAGAAACCCCUGACUUUUACCCCCAGCCGAUGUGGGCCCCUCUUCAGUGCAUCAAUCAGCCUAUUCUUCAAAAUCCUCCACACCAUCUGUGCCAUCAUCUUCCUCUUGGUUUUCAUGUCCCUGGUCUUCUUCUACCACGGCAUCUCCCACAGGGUGUUGCAGGCACAGCAGAGUCAGCUGGCCUCCUCCAAUGCUGAGAAGCUGGUGAAGUCUCGCAGGAACAUGUUGGUGCUGGUCAGCAUCUUCUGUGUUUGUUUUGUCCCCUAUCACCUGGUUCGUCUUCCUGCCACUUUUCUGUGGACCAGUUGCUCUGCGGGUCCAGUAUUGUUCUACUUGGAGGAGGUGGCCACCAUGGUGUCAGUUUUCAACAUCUGUCUGGACCCUCUUGUUUACUUUUUCCUCUGUAAGUCUUUUUGGGCUCAGGUGAGCCAGAGGAUUGUAUCAAUGGGGACCAACAUCUAA